AUGGACACUGUGCCUCCAAGGUUACGUCCAAUCAACCCCAACUUCCUGCAUUCCACAUAUGUCCCCUGCAAGGCGGAAGUUUCUCGGAUGUCGGAGAUGUUGACCAAAGACACAAAAAAGCUGAAGCAGUACAAAACCGAGAUUGAUCUUCUGCGUCGGAAAUUGGAACAGCUGGAAACCCAGGAACAGGACCUCGAAACUCGUAUUGAGAAAUGUUGUUCUGUGCUCGCUGUCACGAGUCAGCGUAAACUGCCCAGAGAGAUAUGGGAGAAUAUUUUCCACAUUGCCUGUUUCUCGCACUCGCAGGGCUGGUACAGGUCGCUUAUCAUCAGAUCUGAUGUUUAUCGCGGCAGGCGCCAAAAAGGCAUCCUCAGCGUCCCUAUCAUUCUCACCCACGUCUGCUCUCGUUGGAGGGAAAUCGUCACUCAAUGUCCUAGGCUUUGGGCCUCCAUCCAUAUCAGACUGUGGGAGGGAUACCCCAGAAGCGGGAAGAAGCUGGUCAAAAUGGUUUUGGCAAAUUCUGCUCCCUGUCCAUUAACCCUCCGGAUUUUUCUAUUCAAUUACGACGUCAUUCGUGAGCGUGUCCGAGCCACCUGCGAAGUUCUUGCAGAUCAUUUUUCACGAUGCGAACGACUCUUCGUCUACUUCGGCGCCUCCGCCAGAAUAGACCCCCUUACUCCCUUUCGAGGGCAGAAUAUCACGUUCAACAACCUCGGGUUUUUCAGUUUCUACGGUAAUCGUUCUGACGAACUGGACAUAGAUAAUCCCUUCUGUCAAGCGCUUCGCCAUGCACCAAAAUUGACGGGAGUAGAACUGGGGUACAUCCUCUAUCCCCUCAAUUUACUUCCCAACCAGCAAAUCACUACCCUGAGCAUAGCAACUUUGGACGUACAUCACUUCGAUGACUUCCUCUUAGUACUGGAGGUUUCUAGAUGCCUUUGUGCUCUGAAAUUAAAAACGUUUUAUACCCACAGGCAAGAUGAUCCUCCCGGCCUUGUCCCCCGUCGCGUGGAACUCCCCUGUUUGAGCAAUCUGUCCAUCUGCUUUUAUCAUCCACCGACAUUCAAUGAUCCCAUGUUGGAGGUGUUACUCUCCUCACUUGUGUUACCUUCGCUUUCGUCCUACGAGCUGUCGUGCGCUUUCCCUUCAGACAUAACAUACAGUCACUGGCCGUCAUGGCUGUGUGGCAUGCUUCAAUACUCAUCUGCAACCCUACGACAUCUGCAACUCACCCUCUCAUUCCCAUACGAUACUGUUAACUGGGACAUGGAGCCGUUAUCAGUGCUCAUAAACACAGUUCCUCGCCUAGACCACCUUCAUUUGAGGGUGGUAUCCAGGGGGACAUUCUCCGACUGGGGCGAAUCCAUGAUCACCCACUUCCUUUCUGACCUCGCAGACGUAAAGUCUGAUAAUGCGAUCGUCCCGAACCUGACCUACCUGUGUUUGACGAAAACCAAAUUGACCUUUGACAUCAUAAGGCUGGUCGUCGAUGUAGCAGCCUCGAGGAGUCCCAGUCGCCUUUCUGCUAUGGUCGACGUCAAUGUCCGUCCAUUGGAAGAGUUACGUGUUAUCCACUUCGAGCCUAACUCACCAUCACGUUUCGUGGAACCUUAUCGGGAGGCAAUAGAAGGACUGGAACGAGAUGGGGUGAAGAUUGUCAUUUGA